AUGUACAAUACAUUGGAUAUCUUUUUUUUUCAGGCCAUAUAUCACAACUUGAAACAGACUGUUUUGCAACAGCAGCUGCAGCAUUCUAACUUGAGUCAUGAUAAAAUAGAAGUAUUUGUUACCACAUGGGCAGUUGCAGGUCCAGAAAUUGUGGAAAAGUUUAGACAAAGAAUUUUGUCACCACAUAAGCUUGAGACAGUUGGAUGGCAACUUAACCUUCAGAUGGGUCAGUCCAUGCAGGCAAAACAGAAAUCUCCUCAAGCUGUAUUAGAACUUGGAGUAAGCAGCGAAGAUUCAAAGAAUGUGGAGAAAAUAUUUGUGGAAUUCAAUCAUAAAGAACUGUUUGAGUUCUAUAACAAGUUAGAAACAAUACAAAUGCAGCUGGAUUCGCUGACAUGAUACUAUCUGAAGACUAAUUUCUCCAUUACAUUCCAACUGUUUUGAUACUGAAGAUAAAAUGGCUGAAUAUAUUUGCUGAAAUACUCAAUGGCUGGUUCUCAAUAAAUGAUUUAAGUUUCUUUGAUCAUUCACAUUAGGUAAAUGAAAUAACUGUUAAGAAAGUUUUGGCUCCAUGGUAUUCAACUUUAAGUGAAGCAAUGUACUAUAUUAUUGUGCAGACUUUUGAAUUAUGAAGUCUGCAGUUUUUGUUUUGCAUUUGCAUUGUGGAUGGCAGUUUAUGUAAUACUAUAGCAUAAUAAACUGCAUGUAAUCAUUAUCCAAAGUGUGCUUAAACAGUAAAAAAGAUAAUUAAAUUGCUAAAACAUUGGCUCCAAUACUGAUGUAUUUUACCUAUAAAAACAACACUACAAAUACUCUUAACUUUGGACUAUUUUAGUUUAUUACUUAAUGCUUUUAUAUUUGCUGCCAGAUUUUCCAACUAUGACAAAUAGCAAGGUCUUCUUGUUUUUGAAUGCUUCAGUGAUGCUAAAACACUUUAAAGGACAAUUGCCCUCACAUGCAUCAAAAAGAGAAUAAUGAGAAUUUCUUAACAAAUUCAGUUGUUUACUGGAUGAACAUUUUACCACCAAGGUUUGAUUUUAUAGAUUCCCUGCUGGAAAGAAAUUAAAAUUAAAUUAAAAUAAAAAAAACAAGGCCCUUUUUAGUCAAUCCAAAGCAGCAAGGACAAGGUCCAGUGCUGCAAUGACGGCGGAAAUGGUUGUCGAUGCAGAUUGUUGAUGUGCUUUUUAGGGUACCUUAAUGGUAAGAAGCCGAUGAGUUAUAAUGCAUACAUUACAUUACUAAUUGGAAAAACUAUGGAUAAUCUUUUACAUUUCCUAGCUUUCCCUAGGUCUCGUUUUCAUUCAAAAACUACCUGCUGGGUGCACAAAUAAGUGCAUUUAACAAUGCCAAUUAACCUGGCAGAAGGUUAAAAGUCUCUGCCAAGUGUCCUUGGUGUAAUAAUUAAUUGAUUUUGCUGUGGUACAUCUGGGAUAACAUACUUCGAAUAGGAUUGAGCAAGUCUCAGAAAUAAUAUGGAAAUAUAUUGGGCCUCAGGUGAACACAGCAGCACUUUUCUGGUAUUCAUUUAGGGGACCCACUUUUUCAUGCAUCCCUUAACUAAACCAGUAAAAGGAAAAUGCUUUUUAAAUUUUUUUUUUACCCACAAACUCAAGUAGUUUAUUAUGGUUGUGCAGUUUACUAGGAGAGAUACUUAAUUAAACAAUGCCAGAAACAAAAUGCCAUUCCAGUAUAAAGUGGAC